AGGAGCACCAUCAAAAUUUCCCACGAUCCAACCCUUUCCCAAUCUUUCUAGAGAGAGAAAAAAAAAAAACUCUUUUGUUAGCGUAAACUCUCCGACUAAGAGAGAAAAAAUAAGCUUGCAAAUUCAAUCCAAUGGCCAACAGCAAUCUGCCGCGGAGAAUCAUCAAGGAGACCCAGCGUCUUCUGAGCGAACCAGCGCCAGGGAUAAGUGCAUCUCCUUCAGAAGACAAUAUGAGAUACUUCAAUGUGAUGAUCCUUGGUCCCACGCAGUCUCCUUAUGAAGGAGGUGUUUUUAAGCUGGAGUUAUUUUUACCCGAAGAAUACCCAAUGGCUGCCCCAAAGGUUCGCUUCCUCACAAAAAUCUACCACCCCAACAUUGAUAAGCUUGGAAGGAUAUGCCUCGAUAUUCUCAAGGACAAAUGGAGUCCAGCACUUCAGAUUAGAACUGUACUGUUGAGCAUUCAAGCACUUUUGAGUGCUCCGAAUCCAGAUGAUCCACUGUCUGAAAACAUAGCAAAGCACUGGAAAACAAAUGAGGCUGAAGCUGUUGAAACAGCUAAAGAAUGGACGCGAUUGUAUGCAAGUGGUGCAUGAAGUACAUGGAACCCUGGAUUUUGAAAAAAUAACUAAAAUUGUAUCCGAUUGACUGUCAAGUUAAAUUAAAAGAACUUGAAAGAAUGAUUAAUGCCCAAAACUGUUGGAGUUAUGUCCUCGGGGAGUCUGGCAAAACUACUUUUUCCCUGUUCAAACUUCUGGUGUUCAAAAUGUAUAAUGAAUUAUGAUGCUCUUUCUUAUGUCUUGUGAUCCACAAAUCUUUUAUAACCUAUCUAUUUUUCUCAA